AGGGAUGACUCGCAGAACAGUGAUGCUGCUUGUAUUCGCCGUGCACAUCAGCAGCAGCAGCAGCAGCGGCGGCGGCAGUUUCUCUCCUUCAGUCACUGAGAGGCAGGCAGAGGCUGCACGUCCGCUGGCUCAGAGGGACACACUCAGCGCUGCCUGCGGCUCGAGUCCACGCUGCUUUUAAAUGGAUGUAUCUUAGCGCCGCAGAGGACAGUGGACUGCGCUCUUGUGACUGUGCGCAAAACAAGAACCUGGCGAUCACUGCGCUUUGGAUUUCAGGGAGACCGGUUUGUCUCGACGACAGAGAGGGUACCACACUCCCCCUUUCGUUAGCUCGCUAAGCUAGCUAGCCCGCUAACUUAGCAGUGAUACUUUGUACCGCACAGUCGCUCUUCUGCUUUUGGUUAGCCUGCGGUUUCUUGCGCCACGGCAGCAGCGGAUCGGGGUGCCGCGCGUCACUCUCGUCUAAAUGAGCAGAGGACACUUGGACAGGGCAUAUGUGGAGAGCAGAUACCCCACGGGCGGAUAUGACAGUGUCCUGACAAAUGUGUGUACUUGGGCUGCAGAGGAGCAUGUUUGAGUGACAGGCCAAAGAGGAAGUGGGAUCUCUGAAGCUCCGCCCACUCCACUGGUGGAGCGCCCUGUACAUCUCGGCAGAGACCCCCAAAUCACUUCUACAGCAUGCGGAGGUUCGCCUACUGUAAGGUGGUCCUGGCCACGUCUCUGGUGUGGGUGAUGCUGGACAUGUUCAUCCUGCUCUACUUCAGCGAGUGCAACAAGUGUGACGACAAGAAGGAGCGUGGCCUGCCCGGGAGAGCCGAUGCUCUGUCCAAACCGCGGGAUGGGCCUGGUGAAGGGGGCAAACCGGUGGUCAUCCCGAAGGAAAACCAGGAGAAGAUGAAAGAGAUGUUUAAAAUCAACCAGUUCAACCUCAUGGCCUCAGAGAUGAUCGCUCUCAACCGCUCUCUGCCCGAUGUUCGUUUAGAAGGGUGCAAGCACAAGUUGUAUCCGGAUAAUCUUCCUCGCACCAGCGUGGUGAUAGUUUUCCAUAAUGAGGCGUGGAGCACUCUGCUGAGGACGGUCCACUCUGUGAUUGACCGCUCCCCUCACACGCUGCUCGAGGAGAUCGUACUGGUCGAUGACGCCAGCGAACGGGACUUUCUGAAGCGCCCUCUGGAGCAGUACGUGCGCAGGCUGGAGGUGCCGGUCCGAGUGGUGCGGAUGGAGCAGAGGUCUGGACUCAUCCGAGCGCGUCUUAAAGGAGCAUCCAUCUCAACGGGACAGGUCAUCACCUUCCUGGAUGCUCAUUGUGAAUGCACGACAGGGUGGCUGGAGCCGCUGCUGGCCCGCAUCAUGCAAGACAAGAGGACCGUGGUGUGCCCCAUCAUCGACGUGAUCAGUGAUGACACGUUCGAGUACAUGGCCGGGUCUGACAUGACGUAUGGAGGCUUUAACUGGAAACUCAACUUCCGCUGGUAUCCUGUGCCCCAGAGGGAGAUGGACCGCCGCAAAGGGGACCGCACACUGCCUGUCAGGACCCCUACUAUGGCGGGGGGCUUGUUCUCCAUCGACAGAGACUACUUCCAGGAGAUUGGCACUUAUGAUGCGGGCAUGGACAUCUGGGGAGGGGAGAACCUGGAGAUCUCGUUCAGAAUCUGGCAGUGCGGCGGGACACUGGAGAUCGUCACCUGCUCUCAUGUGGGACACGUCUUCAGAAAAGCCACGCCCUACACGUUUCCUGGAGGAACAGGUCAAAUUAUCAACAAAAACAACAGACGUCUGGCAGAAGUUUGGAUGGACGAAUUCAAAAACUUCUUCUAUAUCAUAUCUCCUGGUGUGACCAAAGUGGACUACGGUGACAUCACGUCUCGCAGCACCUUGAGACAGAAGCUCAAGUGUAAACCCUUCAGCUGGUACUUAGAGAACGUGUACCCAGACUCCCAGAUCCCCAGACACUACUACUCCCUGGGAGAGAUCCGUAAUGUUGAGACCAACCAGUGCCUAGACAACAUGGCCCGCAAAGAGAAUGAGAAAGUGGGCAUUUUCAAUUGCCACGGCAUGGGAGGCAACCAGGUGUUUUCUUACACCGCAAACAAAGAGAUUCGAACAGACGACCUGUGUCUGGAUGUGUCCAAACUCAACGGACCUGUCAUGAUGCUCAAGUGCCAUCACCUGAAAGGAAACCAGCUCUGGGAGUAUGACCCUGUGGUAAGUGAGGCUAUAGUUAUGUAAGCUAUAGUGUUUUUA